UCACUCUACGAUACGUUUCAAAAUGGAGGACGAAAUUCCAGUGUCAGAUUAAACAAUUUUGUGUUUUAUUUUGUCCCAGACUGUAAAUAAUUUAGCUUUCAACAUGUGACUAAGGUCAAUAAGUGUCCUAAAAUGGAUUCCGUCCAACAGUUGAUGACAUCGUGCGAGCAGGGCGAUGUUGAUACUGCACAGGCGGUGUUGGACGAGGGUCUUGGAGUCGAUACUCCUGACGAAGAUGAAAAUACUGCUUUAAUGGUCGCUGCAGGAAAUGGACAUGACCAGGUGGUAAGAUUAUUACUUAUGAGAGGGGCAUCAGUAGACAAGACUAACUUAUAUGGGUGGACCCCUGUAAUGCAGGCAGCAAGGCAUGGGCACGCUAACAUUGUGUCUUUAUUGCUGCAACAUCCAGUCGACAUUAAUGCUACAAACAGUUUUGGUGCUUCAGCUCUUAUGCUAGCAGCUCGUGGAGGACAUCUACAGGUGGCUAAACUCCUGGUGGAGGCUGGGAUAGAUAUCAACGGGUCAAGUCAGUGCGAGUAUACGCCCCUUAUGACAGCAGCUCAACAGGGGCAUGAUGCUGUGCUGAGAUUGUUGCUUGACCGAGGCAGUGACGUGAAUUACCGCACACCCUCAACCGGAGUAACGCCCCUCAUGUUGGCCUCGUUGAAUGGUCACAUGACUACUGCCCAGAUUCUUAUUGAGAGAGGUGGCGACCCAAAUAUAAUAAAUGGGUUAGAUCAUACUGCACUAACAAUAGCUGCAAUAAGAGGAAAGCGGGAAGUGCGGGGAUUUUUGGAAAGGAAAACAACUAACAAACCUAUCAUAGAGCCUGAAGACAGAAAACCUGAUAUAAUUGAUGCAGCUAAAAGAGGUGAUAUACAACGUAUACGUGAUAUACUAGAUAUCGACGUCAGUCAGCGUGACACAUGUUCUCCACAAGAUGGCGCCACACCUCUCAUGUUUGCUGCGAUGACAGGGCGAAUUGAUAUAGCACAGUUAUUGUUCGAGCGAGGUUGUGAUAUAAAUAAGCAGGAUACGAUCAGUGGGUGGACGGCACUAAUGCAGGCAACUUAUCAUGGGAAGAAAUCUGUGGCAAUUUUUCUGAUCAAUGUGGGUGCGGAUGUGACUACGCAAGCAAAAAACGGCUGCACCGCGUUUGAUAUGGCGUCAUUGAUAGAGGAUGCAGAUACAGAGUUACUACGGUUACUGGCAACUCGGGCCAUGCAUGUUGAUAAAGGAGAAAAACCAAAGACCAAAAACAUAAUUUGGUCGAAACAAAAUGGAACAUCAACGUCUCUUUCACUGUCUCCAGAGCAGCUGCUAGAUGAUCAACCAAAAAGUGGCUUAAAGGGCUGGUUAAACAGGCUAUCGAACCGGUUUAGGAACCUGAAAAUCGGUAGGACAUUUAAUACUAACAAUCGACUGAUGCCACUAACUGCAGAUGGUCAAUCUGACAGUAUACAAGAUCUGACGUCAUUAAAACAAUCUCACAGUAGUCCUCAACUAUCUCCAAAGAAGAAUAAUUUUGUAAUGGAGCCUGUGACACAGUCUAUGACGAGCUACGAGACUAUGAAACAGGAGACAAAGAAAAGUGCCGCUUUAUAUACCCUUGACAUCAACCCUCCUCAUUCCAACAUGACAACAAGUGACACAUUGAAGCCAGUAAUUCCGCCAUUUCUACCACCACCAUCAUUUGACCUGGACAGCCCGUCACGACCUUGGAGAGGUCUUGGUGGCCGAUCUAAGACCACUAUGACUGGCAUUGAUAGUAACAGUACUCUUAGUUCUGGUCAUGAGCGGCCUAUUUUACGUCCUAUGAAGUUUUUACAGAAUCACAGUAGUUAUACUAGUCAAAUAUCUCCCACAAAUUCUGCUAGAUUUACACAGAAUGGUAGUAACCCAAGUCCUAACUCCUCAGGUGAUUACCAGGGUACCGGGCUGUUCCUUCCACCAUCAUCAUCAUCCACAUCAUAUACAUCAGAGAGAAAUCAAAUGUUCUCGUCCUUAUCUCAAACUCCUUCUAGACUCUUCAUGCCAAGGAGACCUACAGUUCCAUCAGCAUUUCGUAACAUGUCAAAUACAACAUCCCCGAACAGUUCAACAAGCGGUGCUAGUGGCACAAGUGGUAGCUCCUCGGUCACUCCAAUACGAUCCUCACGAGGGCGGAGCACCUCUUCAAAGGGAAGUACAACUUCCACACUUACACCUUCACCAUCUCCUACUCCUGGAAAG